ACGAGCCUUUUCGCAAGUUCAAUGUCGCCCCGUCGAUCGUCAAGGGCUCGUACCACGCAGCCCCCACCCGGCGUCACGGCAGCACACAGCACCUCUUCGUCUUCGGCUUCGUCCUCGCGCGGCGAUCGCGCGACAAGAGCUAAUCACAAGCAGUCGUCGCCGCACAAGUCCUCCACCCCUCAUUCGCUCUCCUCCGAGGAGCUCGAUGAACCUCCUCGCGAUGCUCAAGUCGAGCCACCCUUGACCCGUCGUCGCACGCGCGAGCAAGAUGUCGAUGACAACGAAACCACAAAGCUUGACGAUGAGCUCGAAGACGAAAUCACAGAGGAGGAUGAGGUUACACGCUGCUUGUGUGGGCAGCAGGAGUACCCGGGUCCACCUUCGGAUGCCGGUGGCCUAUUCAUCCAAUGCGACAUUUGUAAGGUUUGGCAGCACGGGGGUUGCGUCGGCAUCAUGGACGAAGCUGCCAGUCCCGACGAAUACUUUUGCGAAGAGUGCAGAGACGAUCUACACAAGGUCAUGGUGAGCUCCAAAGGACAAAAGUACUCCCAUUACCUUCCUGUAUACGAUGUGCAUCACGGAAAAGGCGCCCGCAAAUCGUCGAUAUCUAAAGAAUCAGACGGCAAAUCGGCGAGGGACAAAGAACGCGUCUCGCGAGCAAGCGCUGAGUCGUUCAGCAAACGGAGAUCAACAAUGAAUAGUAGGGCAGCUUACGAUGAGGAUGAGGUCCUCCGCAAGGUUCUUGAAGAGAGCAAGCACGAAGGUCCGACGGAAGCGUCAGAGAACGGGACCCGCAAAAAGCGUAGCCGAGACGAGAGUGAGGAGACUAAGCCGGAAGUCAAACGACAGCGUACGGGAUCUCGAUCACCUAGCAAUUCGCCGGUCGUAGAAUCUGAAGACGACAGCACUACGGUUUCAGCGCCUAAACAAAAACCUCGUGGUGCAGCCGCAAAAAGUCAACGGGAGAAAGAACUUCGUGAGAAGGAGAAGGAACGAGCUGAAGCUGCCAAUAGACGAAAAGGUCGUGCGGAGCGAAGAAAAGGAGAAGACUCAGAACCUCCAGAAGCUCCUCCGAACGAAGAACCUGCUAUGGUAGCGCCCGCGACCGAACCAAUCCCCCCCGAAACACCCACGACUGAACUCAAGCCCGCCCCGGCCCCAAGAAAAGGAGGACGGCCACCGAAUAAACGACAAAGCCGUCUCGGACGAAAUCAGUACACAAAAGAUGCGCCAGCUGGUGCUACAAACGGGGCAUCUCCCGCGGCCAAUGAUGAUAUACCCAAUUCGCCUCAGCCAAAUGCUGUCAAUGGAGCAGUAAAUGGUCAUGAUAGCAGCGACGGUACAGCAGGAGGCAGACAGGCCAAACCAAAGAACUCGCGGCUGCAGAAGCUGUCGUGGCACGAUAUACGACGGCCUGCGGGAGCGAUGCAGAAUUAUAUCGCCCAGCGCCAGGUUGAUAUGGCUGGGGAGCGAAAUGCUAUAUCGCCAGCCGUCAGAACACCUCCUACUCCGGCAGCCAACGGCGUGUCCCCGCCGGAGGAUACCAAAACAGAGGGCGACGACCUCGAUUCGUUCAAAGGUCUAACUACUCUUCAAAUGAUGGAUCACCUCAGUCGCGACCUUACACACUGGCAGCAGAUGAUAUCUACAUCGGACGGGAAGUGA